AUGUGCUGGGCUCCGUGCACACCCCGCAGGGCGGCAGCGCCAGCGCCAGGGAACCGAGCGCUUCCCAGAGCCCCGCUACCUCGCUCCGCUUCGGCGGCCGCGAUCAUGUUCCAGCCUGCGGCCAAGCGGGGUUUCACCAUAGAAUCCUUGGUGGCCAAGGAUGGUGGCACGGGCGGGAGCCCUGGCAGUGGGGGCGCGGGCUCCCAUCCGCUGGCAGUGGCAGCCUCAGAGGAACCCCUCAGGCCCACGGCACUCAACUACCCUCACCCCAGUGCGGCCGAGGCGGCUUUUGUGAGUGGCUUUCCGGCCGCUGCCGCCGCGGGCGCCGGUCGCUCGCUCUACGGAGGGCCCGAGCUUGUGUUCCCCGAGGCCAUGAACCACCCGGCGCUGACGGUGCACCCGGCGCACCAGCUGGGCGCCUCCUCGCUGCAACCCCCUCACUCUUUCUUCGGCGCCCAGCAUCGGGACCCUCUCCACUUCUACCCCUGGGUGCUUCGGAAUCGCUUCUUCGGCCACCGCUUCCAGGCAAGCGACGUUCCCCAGGACGGGCUGCUUUUGCACGGGCCCUUCGCACGCAAGCCCAAGCGGAUCCGCACGGCCUUCUCGCCCUCGCAGCUGCUGCGGCUGGAGCGAGCCUUCGAAAAGAAUCACUACGUGGUGGGCGCCGAGCGGAAGCAGCUGGCUGGCAGCCUCAGCCUCUCCGAGACGCAGGUGAAGGUGUGGUUCCAGAAUCGGAGGACAAAAUACAAACGGCAGAAGCUGGAGGAGGAAGGGCCUGAGUCCGAACAGAAGAAGAAAGGUUCUCACCAUAUCAACCGGUGGCGUAUCGCCACGAAGCAGGCCAACGGGGAGGACAUUGAUGUCACCUCUAAUGACUAG